AUGGCAGCCGAAAGUGCGUCAUCCCGCCAAUCAUCUGAUCCUAAGCAAGACGGGCGAUCUGCCCAGGAAUCCGAUAAAAAAGAAGAAGGAGGAAAACCCCCACACGACGAAGGGUCGCUUAACGAAGUUGAAGUUGGUAUGGGUGUUAAAAGUUGGGAUAGCAAAUAUCCAAAAUAUUCAUUAGCAAGAAAAGAGAGAGGGAGAAAAGAUAGACUUUGUUAG